CUGAAAAAUCAUGAGAUCAGCCAGACGUUGUAUGCAAUCAGAGUUCAUUUAAAUCAAAAUGCUUGAUGCAUCAGUUGUGCUUCUUGGAACUUUAAGCUUAACAUGCUGCGUCAACGGUUGGGCAUUUGUCUCACGCUGGAGGCCAGAUGAAUCUAGUGAAGAUGUGGAGAUAUCACCUUGGGCGUUGAGACAGCGUUUUCUGCUGGACCUUAUGCUGCAGGUACACAAGCCGCUAUUGCAACAGGAACUGAUUGAAAUGGGUCAUGAGCUCAAUGAAAAUCCAGAGGAUUAUGAAACAGGCACUUGGCCAUUGCUGUUGGAGUUUAUGGAUGCAGUUCAUCAGCAUCGCAUAUUGCGUCCGUAUGGCAUCUACAGUCAGGUGCAGCAGGAGCUGCCCCAUCAACUGCUGGGCGUUUAUCGUUUUCUGGUGCUCGCUAAGAAUUGGAAAAUCUUUCAACGCAACGCUUGCUUCGCCCGCAUUCACUUUCAUCCCGUGCUCUUUGUGAACGCACUCCAGAUGGCAGUGGACGAUAGGGAAGAUUGUGGGGAUCUCAGGUUGCCUGCCAUGCAUGAGGUGCUGCCACAGCUGUACUUCGAUAAAGAGAUCAUCCUUGAAGCACAACUCGUCUAUUGGCAGCAGUUGGCGCCAGUGCCAACAAUCAGUCGCAAACGCAGCUGGCAAGAGACAAUCGCUGGAAUUCUCUAUCCCAAAUCCUUGAGGCCAUGGAAUCCACAUCAAGUAGAAUGGAUGCCCACCUCUCUAAUGGUCAUCCAAGCGAAGAAAUCUCGCACGACACUGAUUAGCUUGGAUGUGGAGCUGAAUGGUUAUUGGAAUAGACUUAUCAGUCGACUCAUUAUUGCAGAUCAGGGUUCAGCUAUAGUAGACGGCGAUCGUUUAAUGGCAUUGCACGAUGAGCGUGAUGAACGCAGGCUGAGUGGGAAUCCAACCAGACCCCAAGAUUAUCUGCUGCUAAUGCACAACAUCAGACAGUUCGCCGCUCUUUUGCAGCUCGAGCAGUUGGCCCAAAAUGGCACAAGUUCCCUGCAAUUCAUUGAGUCCACGCUGCUGACGACCGGAGGAGUGCCAUACAAAGCAAGCACAGGCCUCAAUGCCGAUGCCGUGUUGCAGCUGAUAAACGAAUCGAUCGAAGAGCUCCGCAAUCAAAUUGAUAAAGAGCUAAAAGAUGAGCAUGAAAUGCAAACAAUGUGCACAGUGGGUCGCGUGAUCGCCUCACGUUACUGGCAGCUCUUCAGACAACUGAGUCAGGCCAUCAAUGGUGAUCGCUUGCAGCCCAAUCUGCUGGGCAUGGCUACCUCCAAUUUGAGGGAUCCCUUUUAUCGUGUACUGCUGCUGCAACUGGCACAACUAAUUACUGGCUACGAGCAACGAUUUUCCAACAAACAGCCAUUGCAGCAACAUCACAAGCAGCAAAAGCAACAGUUGCACUUGAGACACAUUCUCGUGGGACACUUGGAAACCUUUGAUCAGUUGGUGGAUAGCGAUCUAAUCAAUUUAAUGGACCAGCAGCUGCUGCAAACACAACGCAAUAAUCUGCGUUUGCUGCGGCGUCGCCUUGUGGCACGUCACAUGCGUUUGAAUCACAAGUCCUUCAACAUCAGCUAUCACAUCUUUGCACCGACUCCAAAAAAAGUUUUGAUCAAAAGUUAUCUGCUGCCCACAGGAAACAAGAAUUCGCCUAGGUUGCUGCUCGACAGUUUUGUCAGCUUCUUGACAACUGGUGACAAUCAAUUCGAACGUCACUUUGCCACUGCUCCAACGUUGCACACACUCAGUGAUAUGUAUGAGGCAAAGCAGCCAUUGGAUGACGACGUUUCUAGAGACUGUUCAUUUCCUCAUCAUUUGCUGCUUCCUCGAGGCACUGUUGAAGGUUUAAAACUUCAGUUGCUUAUAGAGAUUCAUUCUUGGUUUACGGACGAAAAGAGCUCAGGUUGUACUUGGGCUGCUAGCGAAGAGAUGGAUUGCAUAGCUCAUUUGCUGACAAGCUCUCAAUUUGAUGUGGUUGUCUAUCACAAAGCUAUUGAGUUAUUCUAA